AAGAACCUUCACUUUUCUCUCCCAUUCUUUUACAACUCACAUACCUCUCUCUAUAUAUCACUUUACAUAACACCCACUAUUCAACACACAUAACCAUGGCCUCUUCACAAGCCCUCCUUUUGGUCACAUUGCCUAUGGUUUUAAUUCAUUUCUCUUUAGCUCAAUCUCCCAUGAUGGCUCCUUCUGGCUCAAUGUCGAUGCCGCCGAUGUCUAGCGGCCGCAGCUCUCCGAUGCCAAUGAUGACUCCACCACCUAUGCCUAUGGCUCCACCACCUAUGCCUAUGACUCCACCACCUAUGCCCAUGGCUCCACCACCAAUGCCCAUGACUCCACCACCUAUGAUGCCAAUGACUCCAUCUUCAAGCCCAAUGGCCCAACCAACUACUCCUAUGGGCCCAAGCCCAAGCCCAUUAUCAGUUCCCGAUAUGGCUUCUCCGCCGAUGCCGCCAUCCGCAAUGGAAUCUGCUCCUUCUCCGGGACCUAUGCCACCAGGGAUGGCCUCGCAGGAUUCUGGAGCUUUCAAUGUAAGAAACAACGUCGUAGCACUUUCGUUCGUUGUUGGAGUUGCUGCAGCACAUUUGCUCAUCGUUUGAGAUUAUUCUUGAAUUGGUUCGCAUCGUUUUCGUGUAUUUACUUUCAUUUUUUUUCUUUCUUCGAAUUAUUAGUGUCAUCAUUUUAUCAUAUAUGAGUUUGUGUUUGAUAUGUACGAUUCAGACAUUUGUUUGCACUGUUUGCUUAAUAAAUUUACCGUUGACUAUA